AUGAAUAUUGUUAGUCUAAUCACAAGUUCGAUACAAUCUAUAUUAGAUGUUCGAAAUAAAUUUUAUAAUGAUAGUAAUGAAAUUCAAUUAGCUGUUUUACCAAUAUCAAAAAUUGAAUUCGAUUCAAUAUAUCGUAAUCUAUGUAUUAUUGAUCUUAAUUCAUUAAUACGUAUUCUACUCACAUUUACUGGCUCAUCUAAACCCGAAUUAAAAAUAAAUCGAAUGGAUAAAUCCCAAGAAAAUCAUGCAAUACGUCCUCCAUUUGAAAAUAAUGGUACAUUUCUUGUACCUCAAGCAAUACGUCAUUAUACUAAUUUAUAUCAUUUACAAGCUGCAAAUGAAUGUGAUACAAUAACAUCACAUUUUGAUAUUCUUGUUCCAACAGUUCCAUCAUCACUAGGUGGACCCAGAGUGGGUUUAGAUACGGGUCCUAACAUUACUGUACCAGCUGUUGAACUACCCGAUGGACAAUUUAUCUACGAUUCAUUUCGUAUUGCCGAAUGGCUAGAAGAUAGUUAUCCUGAUGCUCCGUCUCUUUUCACUGGUGAUGGCAAGCCAUCACGUGAUGCUCGACCUGAACAUGUAGUCACAGGCAAAACCUACACUCGUCUGAUUGAUUUAGGUCUGGGUGCUUCCAAAUCCGAAUGGGCUGUCUGGUACGAUUUGUUCUUUCCUCAACUCGAUCAACAGAUCAUUGGUGAAGAACAUCGAGCCUACUUUACGUCCGACUUACGACUCGGUCCACAAGGAUAUCAAAAAUUGCUUGCACUCGAUAGACAAGAAUUGAUACGACGUGCUAAAAUGAAUAUACAACCUCUUGUGGAAGUCUUACGUGAGCGUCCAAAUCAAUACUUUCAAGGUACACAUCCGGGUCAAGUAGAUUAUAUCAUUUUUGGUCGUUAUGCCUAUUGUCGUAUGCUUGAUCCAGUACUUACAAAAGAAAUAUGGGAUGAACAAGGAGAAGAACUAAGCAAUUGGAUUUGCAAGUUAUCGCAAGCUUAUGAUGGACAUGCUCAAAAACUUUUUAACAGCUUCUAA